CACUCGCCUCCGAACGCGGAUCGCCGCCGCAGUCGUAAAUUACGCUAGCACGUGGCCCCCAGCCCCGUCCGACGGUAUAUUAUAAUAUAAUAUUGUUAUUAUCGUGAUUUAAUAUAUAUAUUAUUAUUAUUUGUUAUUAUUCGCGGUCGCGACGCGCGAGUGAUUUUUUUGUCGUUCGACGCAUAUGAUUAUCGCGAAUUGUACUGUUUGCGGAAAUUUCGUCGCGGGUAUCCGAAAAUUUUAAAAUUUUAAUUUUUUUUUUUUUUUUUGAUUUUCGUUUUCGAGUGCGUUCGAUUUCGCGUUUUUUCCGGUUCUUUUUUCCGGCGGCACAGACAUUAUGACGCCGUUUUCGAAUGGCAUGUUGGAGACCUGACGACUUACGAUAUAUAUAUAUAUACACACAUAUACUCAUAUAGGUAUACUACUCCUCGUAAAUAUAUAUAUAUAUAUAUAUAUAUAAUAUACAAGCGUAUAUAUAGAUAAAACACGGUUCAUCGGGCGGCCCACCGGUGAGCUUUGUAUAACAGACACGGAACGUGACCGGUCUCACCGUCAAAGGUAAACGUCGCAACGAGGCGUGCAUUUAAGCGCGCGCGCGCGACCCGAACCGUUUAGAUGAACAUGAGUUCGUAUCAGUUCAUGAACUGCUACCAGCAGAGCCAGCAGGCCCAACAGCAACAGGGCCGAGCGGUCACGUCGCCGGUCGACCCGCUGCAGACGGGCAACAGCCCCGGCGGUGGCGGCGCCGCCUCGGCCUCGGCCGCAGACUAUUACGGCCAGGCGGCCCAGGGCGGUGGUGGCGGCGGCGUGUACAACGCUGGCCCGGCCGCCGGCUGUUACUCGCCGCAACAGUACGCGUCGCAGUACAUGCAACAGUCGUCGCCGUCCAUGAUCGACUACACACAACUGCACUCGGUCAACCACCAGCAACAGCACCAGCAGCACCAGCAGCACCAGAGGCUGCAGGCGGCUGCGGCUGCCGCGGCCGCGGGCGCCCACCUGCAACACUUGCAGCACCACGGCGGCGGCGGCGGCGUCGGCGGUCUACCGUCGCCCGGCGGCGGUGGCGCCAUAUCGCCCAUUUCGUCGGCCCUCAACAACAACGUGGUCGGCAUGCCGUCCGCGGCCGGUGGCGGCGUCGUCCAGUGCAAGUACGAGGUGUCCGCCUCGGCGUCGGCCACGCCGAACGGCAUCAGCUCUCCGCAAGACCUGACCACGUCCGCGGCACCGCCACCCGGGUCCCGGUCACCGCCGCCCGCCGUCGUCAUGAAGUCUGUCCGGUCGUCCGGCGGCCCGGUGACCGGUUCAUCGCCGGCCACCCAAGGCCCCGUCUCGCAGACGUCCUCGUCGCCCGCCUCGUCCAUAUCGUCCACGUCGUCGAACGGCGGCGGAGGCGGCAACGGCAACGGGCCCGCAUCUUCGGGCGGCAAACAGGGCUCCGGCCAAAACCCGCCGCAGAUCUACCCGUGGAUGAAGAGAGUUCAUCUCGGACAGAGUACGGUGAACGCCAACGGCGAGACGAAACGGCAGCGCACGUCGUACACCCGUUACCAGACGCUGGAGCUGGAGAAAGAGUUCCACUUCAACCGGUACCUGACCAGGCGGCGGAGGAUCGAGAUCGCGCACGCGCUGUGCCUGACCGAACGGCAGAUAAAGAUAUGGUUCCAGAACAGGCGGAUGAAGUGGAAAAAGGAACACAAGAUGGCCAGCAUGAACAUGGUGCCGUACCACUAUCAUAUGGCCGCCCAGCCCUACGGCACCCCGUACCCGUUCACGCACCUCACCACCUGAGAUUCGUAUUAUUAAUUUAACGGUUCCGUUUAGGCGGCGUCGCCGCCGUCGUCUCCGUCGUCGUCCACAUCGACGGCGGCCGCGGCCGUGGCGUCGCCGAACGGCGAACGCGCGAUAGGUAAGACAACCGUUAAAUUAAUAAUACACACAAAACAAUUUGAAAAAAUUAAACUCACGGGACGUGCGAGAGCGCGUCACGGACGUUACGCACGUCGACGGGUGUGCGCGAAAUUCGCGACUGCGCAUAUCGGUCGUCAUAUCGUGACGAUAUAUAUAAUAAUACGUGUAUAUAAAGUGUACAAAUAUAUAAAUUAUCGUGAAUAUAAAUAUAUGACGACGUGUUUAUGUAUUUAUAUUUCAAUAGGUAAUUAUACUAUUAUAUGAUUCAUUUAUUAUUGCGAUUUGUAUUUAAUUUUAUCGCUUGGACAUCGUAAAAUAAUGUGUUGUAUCGUGUAAUCGUGUAAAUUACAUGUUUUUAAAUAAUAAUAUAAUAAUAUACGACGAACGCACGUCGUAGUAAUAAAAAAAAAAAAAAAAUACAAAAAAACAAAAAAAAAAUCUCUAAAAAACAUUUCUUUCGAUACCUUUCGUUUCGAUUUCAUGUUUUAUCAUAAUAGUUGACCCCGCCGAGUUCAACGAUAAUUUAUUGUCAUAUCGUCAGUAAUGAGCACGCAUUACGGUUAUACCGUGUAUAGCAAUUACACCCAUUUCAUCUAAGAAAUACGUCCAAGACCGAUUUUAAAUAAUGAGCAAUCGUAAAAUCCUCUUGCACAUACGCCCUUCGUAUGCAUAAUAAUAUAAACAACCCUUAUUGCUGCCGAUUCCGGACGGCGUGAGUCUAAAUAUUUACGUGCGUACGAUAAAACCGAAAAAUAAAACACGAACGAGAAGACUACGCUUGAUAAAACGUAGAAAACAACCGCGCGGUUUAGGCGAAAAUGGCGUUUGCUCAAAUUAUUUUUUAUUUUUAUCGUAUGUAUUAAAUGGUCGGCGGAAAAGAGGAGAUAAUGUGAUAAUAACUGUCGAUAAAAUUGGAGAGAUUUUGGAUCGAUACAGAUGUGUUUUUAAUACGCAUACUAUGGACGCGCGUACAAAUAUCCUCGAUAUAUUGUAAUAUUUUUUUUUUUUUUUUACGACACGUAUUAGUCGCGAGACCGAUUUUGUCGAGAUUUGUUACCUAUACGUAUGGCACGCAUCAUUCUAGUGGAAUCUAUGCAAUGUGUAUAGAUCGAUUUCAUACCAUACAAUAAUAUUUCAUACCAUUGUUUCACGAGUAUAUAUUGCCGUUGCACAAGUACCGAUCGUACCGACCCGUCUCUGCAGUAAUCGACCGCGUGUCUUUCACGCAUAAUAUUUACGACUCGUCACAUUAUAACACUUUUAUUUUUGACCGUCGGUCACGACGAGGACCGGGACCCGAGAAGUGUAGGGGACAUAAUAAUACGCAAGUAUUAAAUAUUACAUGCUUUUAGGCCGAGUUUUAGCGGAAACGAACUCAUCGGCAGUACUAUAUAAUAUUAUAAUUUAUAAGUUAUUUAAACGCAAUGUUUUACUAUUACACUCAAACCGGUUUUCACAAAAUUGAGAGAAAAUUUACAAUGUAAUUUUAAAAUCGUUAUAAUAAUAUAUCAUAUAUUUAAACGUCGUCGCACACGUACUCGUGUUUAUAUUAAUAGUAUUUUUAUUAUACGGUUUUAUCGUAAAUUAUUCAUGAUAUUAUAAAUGAAACGACAAAAUGUAAAUAUUCUAUAUACAUAUACUUAAAUAAUAUAAAAAGGUAUAAAAUAUAUUAUAAAUUACGCUGUAACUAUUUUCUGUACAUGUGUUAACCCAGAG